CGACGAGGCCAACCGUAUUCACGUCCAAGGUAUCAUGGAAGGCAUCUUCGCAGCCGCUACCGGUUCCAUGACAGCCGACGAGCUCAACAAGAUCGAGAAAGAGCACGGAAAGCCUGCCCACAAAGCCAUCGACGCCGAAGUCAAGUUCAUAAACGCCAUCGUCGACAAUUACGUUCUAACUGGCAUCCACCAUGGCCUUGAGCUGGUCGAGAUGGUUCACGUAGCCGUACAGACUGCGAAUUGCUGGGGCACCCCGUGGGGCAACCCGAAUGAUCCUUCUCUGUCGGAACCUGUGAUUGUCGAUCUGCUUCAGUGGGGCAAAGGCCAAGGACUAGAGCAGAAUGGGUUCAUAAAUAUCAUCCAGAACGCGGUGGAGAAACACUACUCUACUCCACGAGCGCGUCGUGAACCCACUCUCCCCACGCAGAAGACGAGCUUGCUGGCAGCAGGUGACGCGAUGCCCAAGCACCCUGGCAUCGGCCUCGAUCCUGGCCCCCAGACGACACGCCAGCUUCCCAAGAAGUUUGCUCCUAAUGCUGUCUUCCAGAAUCCGACCACGAGGCCCCAAUAUCGCCAGUGAGGCCGUCCUAUGGAGAUGAUGGGCAUAGCAGCGGCUAAGCCAAACUUGCCCACCAUUCCCGCCACUUUCUCAUAUCAUACAGGCUACGAAGCACGAGCCUGAUGGCUCGAGGGACUCUAUUGAGGCUUAUCGUAUGGUGUUUGGCUUGUUGAAGCGGGGGGAGGGCUACGGUAUGCGAGGGAAAGAGAUUAGGCAGUUGAUAAAGUAGGAGGCUUUGAAGCUCUGUUAGGAGUCGCUCGAGAUAGAUGGACUUCGAUUUCCUGCUUGCUUAUGGCGGGUAUUCCGAGACGAGUGCUGGUGAGUAUCAGAUUAUGUAGCUUUCUUUGAUAGAGAUUCCGUAGAUAUGGAU